AGAGCUCGGCAGCUGGUGUUCAGAUGAGGGAGUGUAGGUGAAGUUACCAGAUGGUUGUUUUUGCAGACAAUAACCCUUCAGAUAUCUAUCCUAUUCAUCGACAACGGACUCCAUCUGCACCGUUGUCACUUCAACUCUGAUCCUGUGUAAUAAUCAUAAUAAUAAUAAUACCACAAAAGAAGACAACCAUGCCAGCUCUCUCUGCACCCACUGGUAUCGGCAGCUCACCCCCUUCUCCAGUGGACAGCAGUCCAAGGAGGCUGUCCUGGGGUAAACUGGUCCAAAGGUUGGCUGACUUCAGCACAUCUGCCAACAACAGCAGUAUUGAGUCAGUGUCCAACAAUGGCAGCAGGAGUGAUCUCUCUGAUGCAGGGUCAGAUGUCUUCGGUGACCUGCCUCCCUGUAAUGAAGACCUGUUUUAUGAUCCGAUGGAGGAGACGAUCCUGAAAGAAGUAGUGGACCUUAUUGCAGGAAGCCUGCGAGAUGCCAAAGACUCCUUACGAUGUACCAAACUGCUCAUCCCCGAUAAACUCCUGGAGCACAUCGGGCAGGAGCUCCUUCACCUGGCAGCCAGCGAGCCCUGCGGCCUGAGAGGGGCUCUCAUUGACCUUUGUGUGGAGCAAGGGGCCGUCUGCGAGAGCAUGGCACAGCUCUCUGUGGACCCCUACCUGGUCCCCACCUUUCAGCUAACUCUGGUGUUGAGGCUGGAGUCUGGUGGACUGUGGCCCAAGAUCCAAGGACUUUUUAGCACAAAGUCUCCUUCCACUCCAGUAGUGAGACAAGCUAUUAAACUUAGCACUGGUUUCCGAGUGAUUAAGAAGAAACUUUAUUGUUCAGAAGAACUGCUCAUUGAGGAAUGUUAAGAAAUGUACAAGACUGUGGACAUUUUAUUGUCUGCGUUUUUACGUCGCCCAGUUAAGCUCACAGAAGGGCCUUAUUACUGUAACUACAUGUAUAUGAUGCCUUCUGAAGUGUAAGGAGGGACUUUGACACUUGUCAUUGUGUAGCCUAUUGUUCCCACUGUAAGGGAGUUUAUGGUACCUGGAGCAGGUUUCAUGUUUCAAAUUACAAUAUGUAACCAUCAUGGUACAAGUGAUGAAUAGGCAUUUUUCUUUUUUCUUUUUUUUGCGAGUAUCAAAGCGCGUACCUCAGUUUCUAUUGAAACGCACAACGGCAGCUAGCUAUAUGAUUAUACUCAUUGAAGACCAUUGUGUUGUUUUUUUUUCUUUUUAUACAUGCCAAUUAAUUGUAAUGUACGCCAAGUGAUGAACUGUACACCAGACAAGUUAUUAGGGACCCUAGUGACCGCUUGAAUUCAAGAGCAAAGGCUUACCAGUGCUUACAUUGUGCAGUUUGUGUGCAAGCUACGGCUAAGAUUUCAAAUGUAAGUUGAUCUUGUAUCUGUGUAGACCUUUACUGCUUUAAACUUUAUUUAUUUGACAUUCAAAUACUCAUAACAUUGCACUGUUUUUGUACCUCCAUGACUGCAAAUAAAUUAUUUUUUUUAACAAUU